AUGGCGGAACCCAACGAUGCGCAGCAUGAGCACACCUUCGAGAGCGCCGACGCCGGUGCCUCCACCACCUUCCCGAUGCAGUGCUCGGCCUUGAGGAAGAACGGACACGUCGUCAUCAAGGGCCGCCCGUGCAAGAUCGUGGAAAUGUCCACCUCCAAGACGGGCAAGCACGGUCACGCCAAGGUCCACAUGGUCGCCAUCGACAUCUUCACCGGCAAGAAGUUGGAAGACCUGUCCCCGUCCACCCACAACAUGGAUGUCCCAAACGUCUCCCGCCGCGAGUACCAGCUUCUCGACAUCACCGACGACGGCUUCUUGUCCCUUAUGUCUGACGAUGGCUCCACCAAGGACGACGUCAAGGUCCCAGAGGGCGACCCCGGUGACAAGAUCAACAAGCUCUUCAAUGAUGAGGGCAAGGACACCAACGUCAUCGUUCUCACUGCCAUGGGCGAGGAGGCUGCCAUCGACGCCAAGGAGGCUCCAAAGGGCUAG